AUGCCUCCUCGGACGGUGAGGAAGACGUCGGGAGCGUCCUCCGGGGCUGUCAAGAGGGCGGGGGCCAGGACGACGAGGGGUAGGCCUGCAGGGGGCCCGACUGAGACGGAGAAGACCGCCCAAGAGGAGGCGGUAGUGAAGACGACCGAGGUGACGCCUCCCGAGCCAGAGCUUGUGCCCGAUGCUAAUGGGUCCGUUGGUACGCCUUUCGAUCUGCCCUUGUUUCAAUCAUGGUAGUUUUUUGUUCAUGUCCUCACUUUUGAAUGUUGGGAUCUUAAUUAUCUCGCGGCGUUGUACGUUUUUCCCUUUCAUGGGAACAAUUAAAUCCGCCAGCCCUUUUAUUGUGAGUUUUUUUAUGUCAUUAUUCGGUAUUCCUCGACGUUUUAUUUCUCAUGUUUCCCCAACUUGGAUUGUAUUUAUUCAUACAUGGUGUAUGCUAUUUUUGCAUAGAUUUCCGAGAUGAUUUUUUUCACGUAGUUGAAACUGAAGGCUGCAUAUUUAUGCAUCCAUGAGUGUUUUCGUUUUUUCUGCAUUUUCUAAUUUUGAUUUAUCACGGCGUGUCUGUGGGCUGUGGAUCAUUUGCGCAUUCUGAUGCGUUUUGUUGUAAAAACCAAGUCAAUUUGGUAUGACUGAUUUGUCGUUGAGAAAGCUGAAUGAAAUUUGGAUCUGGUACUGGCACAGAUUUUCUUGUGCCUUGAUCGACAGUCCUUUAUGUAAGUAUUUAUGGAGCUUGUAAGCAGUCAUUCUACGUCUUACGUCUUGUCCUUAUUAAUUGACAGUCUCAGAAGUCAGACUGCUCCUUUGGAAAACAAGCUUGUUGUGCAUCCCGGAGUUUCCUUCACUUUUCUUCUAUACUUAUGUAUGUAAAAGUUCAAUAAGUUUGGAAACCUUCUGGAACUGCAGAGGAAGAGGAUACGAAAGAGGUUUAUGCCGAAGAAGAUAAAGGCGAGAGGUUAGAUCUGGAUGACACUGAACUUGAAUAUGAUCCUGAAGAGGAACCGAUAAUGGAAUAUGAUGGGAAAGAUCUAGAGAAUGAGGAUGAAUUGGCAGAGGGGGAUGCAGGUGAGGAAGAUGUAGAGGAAGAUGGCCAUGGUGGUGGUAUUCGUGAAACUGAUGAAGCUGACAUGAUUGAAGAAAUAGAAAGUGAUGGCGAAGAUGUUGAAGGAGAAGAAGACGAUGAAGAUGCUGAAGAGGAGCAGAAUGAUGUCGUUGAAGAUGAAGAGCAUCACGAAGUAGUGACUGAUCGUCGCAAGAGGAAGGAGUUUGAAGUCUUUGUGGGUGGCCUAGACAAGGAUGCAUCUGAAGAGGAUUUGAAGAAGGUCUUCAGUGAAGUUGGUCAAGUGGUGGAAGUCCGACUGAUGAAGAAUCCUCUUACAAAGAAGAACAAGGGUUUUGCGUUCCUACGAUUUGCUACAGUUGAACAAGCGAAACGAGCUGUUGCAGAAUUGAAGAACCCAGUGGUAUUUUCUCUGUUCACGUCAAGUAUGAGAAAUCUUAGGUGAAGAUCGCCUGGAUCUCGUGAAGGUUUCAGUUGCUGAUGGAUGAUUUUCAUACUUUGGUUUUCAGGUCAAUGGGAAACAAUGUGGCGUUUCCCCAAGUCAAGACAAUGAUACCCUAUUUCUGGGCAAUAUAUGCAAGACAUGGACUAAGGAAGAUGUAUGUAAAUUGGUAUCCUGAUUUUCCACAACAUUUGUGAUUUUUAGACUUAACUUUAUGCUUACGUUACUUUCAAACAUAAUUUCAGCUGAAGGCGAAGUUGAAGCAUUACGGAGUUGAUAAUGUUGAGGAUUUAACAUUAGUUGAAGAUAGCAAUAACGAGGGAAAUAACCGAGGGUUUGCUUUCUUGGAGUUUGCAUCUCGCAAAGAUGCAAUGGAUGCGUAUAGGUGCUUAAGGAGGAGAGAUGUUGUAUUUGGGGUUGAUAGAAUCGCUAAAGUGUCCUUUGCAGAUUCUUUCAUUGAGCCUGACGAUGAAAUCAUGGCACAGGUUUAUACCUUGUUUCUGAAUGUGCUCUAUGUUCGUGUCUGUUUGGAGGAAGCUUGAUGUUCAAUGCUAGUAUUGUCCCAUUUCAGGUGAAAACUGUAUUUGUAGAUGGUCUGCCUGUUGCAUGGGAUGAGGAACGUCUCAGGGAUUAUCUCAAGAAAUUUGGUCACAUCGAGAAGGUGGAACUUGCCCGUAAUAUGCCAUCAGCUAAGAGGAGGGAUUUUGGUUUUGUCACUUUUGACACUCAUGAUUCUGCAGUCAAGUGUGCGGAAAGCAUCAAUAAUACAGAGCUUGGCGAAGGAGACAAAAAGGUCUUUUUUGGUUUAUUUACCAUGGCAGUAUUAAAUCUAAUUUAUGCAGAUAAAGUGUUGUUGCUGGGAGAACAUUUAUAUUCGUUGGAUAUAACAGGUCUGUGCUCGUUUCAAUUUCGUAUUUAUUUCGAUUUGCGUUUUCAGGUCAAAGUCAGGGCUAGAUUAUCUCGUCCACUUCAGAAGGGAAGAGGGAAGUUUGGCCGGCGAGUAGAAUUUUUGAGAACAGAGAGGACAGUAUCAAGGGGUGGUCGUUUCUCAUGGAGUCGUCCUCUACCUUAUAGAAUGGUCGAUCACAGCUCAAGGCCAGUUGGAGGUCGAGCACCCAUUGGAGUCCGUGGAGUCCAGAGACCGACAGAUUUUAAAAGUAGGCGGCCCAUUAUGGGUACUGCAGAGAGAAUUAGGCAACUACCUCCCCCAGGGCGUUCCUAUGAUCGAAGGCCACCAAGUAAAAUUCGUUUCUCUUCGGUGGGCUUGAGCUUGAUUUUUACUAAGGUUCCUGUUUCUUGUUAUCUAAUAUAAUUUAUUUUGAACAGUUGAUUCAUAUCCGAGGCCUUCCUCAAAAAGGGAAUUUAUUAGACGUGAACUUCCCCCCAGAAGCAGAGCUCCAGUUGAGUAUGCUACUAGAGAUCCAGCAGAAAGGCGUUCCUCCUACAGAGAUGCAUAUGAUUUGCAUGGACCUGCUUAUGCUGAUGAUGCACCUCGAAGUGCUUCACGGACAACAGCUGUUAGAAGAAGCUAUGAUGAUGAAGGAUAUGGGCGAAGGCUUGAAAGGCCUCUCUCAGUGUAUCGCGAAGGCCAUGGCCGUGAUUAUGAUUCCAUAUCCGGUUCCAAGCGUCCUUAUGCGGCAAUUGUAUGAUUUCGUUUGAAUUACUUCAUGCUUUUGAAUCUUCUACAUGUUCAAUUGACCUUUGUUUGGUCAAAAGUAACGGUUUGAUAUGUUCGGUUUUUAUCUUGUAGGAUGAUACUCCUCCACGCUAUGGUGAUGUGAGUUCUCGCCAGUCAAGACCUCGUUUUGAUUAUGGUGUUAGUAGCAGCAGUGAAUAUGAUUCAUAUGGCGAAAGGUUGUUCUCACAGUGGUUGCACACACACACACACACACACACACACAUGUCAUCUGGACGUUUCUUUAAAUACUUUUCUGUGGUUCUUGAAUUGCAGGCUAAGUAGAUCCCAUGCUGGCUAUGGCAGCAAUCGAAGUUCUCUUUCUGGUCAGGAAUCACAUUCUGCGUACAGUAGCAGUCGUUAUGGUAUGAACUACUCUGGGGGUAUGUCAAGGCUCUAAGAUCUUAUCAUCUAAUUUCCCCAAAUAUCUUUUUUGUAAAUUUAAUUGUUGCUGUUUUGGUUUCAGGUUCUGCAAGAAGUGGUGAUGUUGGAGGAAUGCACUCCUCUAGUUACGGUGACAAUUCUUACGUAUCUCGGUCUCAAGUAAUUUUCUCUAUCCUUUAUUUAUAUCAAUGUUGAUAUGAUAUACUAUCCAUUCUCGUGAUGUCAACAACGUGUUUUGGUAUCCAUCCCAGAUCGGAGGGGGCUCUUCUUAUUCAUCCUUGUAUUCUAGCCGUGGGAUGGGUGGCGGUGGAUAUCUCGGUGGCAGCGGAUCAGGAUCCUACUACUGA